CUCUUUAACAAAGCAGGAAGUGUGCCUUCACAAAGAGCAGUUCUUCAGUCAUCAUCAUGGCAGUAGAUGUAAAGACUAGAGCAAAGCGCUAUGAGAAACUGGACUUUCUGGGUGAAGGACAGUUUGCAACUGUGUACAAAGCUAGAGACAAAACUACAGACAACAUUGUUGCCAUCAAAAAGAUUAAAGUAGGACACAGAACAGAGGCCAAAGAUGGCAUCAACAGAACAGCUCUAAGAGAGAUUAAGUUGUUGCAAGAACUCAGUCAUCCAAAUAUUAUUGGACUCCUGGAUGCGUUCGGUCAUAAGUCCAACAUCAGUCUCGUCUUUGACUAUAUGGAGACUGAUCUCGAGGUCAUCAUAAAGGACACCAGUCUUUUAUUGACCCCAGCCAACAUCAAGGCAUACAUUCUAAUGACACUACAAGGUUUAGAAUUCAUGCACAGUCACUGGAUCCUCCACAGGGAUCUGAAGCCCAAUAAUUUGCUACUGGAUGAAAAUGGAGUCUUGAAGCUUGCUGAUUUUGGAUUGGCCAAAGCAUUUGGAAGUCCCAACAGAGUAUAUACACAUCAAGUAGUGACCAGAUGGUACCGUGCCCCAGAGCUGCUCUUUGGUGCUAGGAUGUAUGGUGUUGGUGUGGACAUGUGGGCAGUUGGCUGCAUUCUUGCUGAGCUUUUGCUCAGAGUACCAUUUAUAGCCGGCGAUUCCGAUUUGGACCAGCUGACGAAGAUAUUUGAAGCUUUAGGAACGCCUACAGAGGAGACAUGGCCAGGGAUGUCCAGUCUCCCAGACUAUGUGUCAUUUAAACUGUUUCCUGGCACACCACUGGAACACAUCUUCAGUGCAGCUGGUGAUGACCUUCUGGAACUCCUCCAGCGUUUAUUUACCUUUAACCCCGGCACACGCACCACAGCUUCACAGGCUUUGAAGAUGAAAUAUUUCAGCAAUAGACCAGGACCAACUCCAGGACCUCAGCUUCCCAGACCAAACUCUUCAGCAGAGGCCCUGAAAGAGAAAGAGAACCUGUUGAUAGGAAUUAAGAGAAAACGUGACACCAUUGAACAAGGUACCCUUAAAAAGAAGUUGGUGUUCUGAGUGAUUCAGAUAUUUUUGUGGCCCCUAAUUCUGCUGUGAAUAGUAAUUGCUUUGCCUAACAGUGCAUUGAACUGUUACAGAAUGGCCGUAUUUAUGUGACGAUAAGUUGAAUUAUUUUUUUAUGUACUAUAAAAAUUAAAUUAUAAAAAAUAGAAAAGAUAUGUUGUUUUUGUUGGCAUUUUGCAAAUCACCUGGUUUUAGUACAUCCAGUACUCAUCCACGUUUUUUAGUAUUUAUCGUAAGAGUGCAUAGACAAUGUAUGUAAGUUUAGAUUUCAACUUAGGAUACAAUACUGUUGCAUAAUCAGUUAAAUUUUUAUGUACAAUCAUCGGAGGCAGUUUGAUUUUUAUUAGUGUGACACUGCAUCUGUAGUCCUGACGGAGGUGCUGUUGUCACAGCCCUGACAGCAUCAUCUCUCCAAUGGAUCAUGGUUUAUCCAGUAGUUUAUCGAAAAUUAAAAAUACUGUCUUCAUUUACUUACCCUCAAGUUGUUCCAAAUCUUUAUGAAUUUCUUUGUUCUGAUGAACACAGAGAAAUAUAUUUUGGAAGAAUGCUAAAACCAAACAGCCCUUGGCCAUAGUACCCAAAAAUUAAAAUUCUUUCAUCAUUUACUCACCUUCAUGCCAUUCCAAACCUGUGUGGUUUUCUUUUGCAGAACAAAAUAUAUUUUGUCAAAACAUUUGGUAACCAAUCAACAUGAACCCCUAUUGAAUGAAACACUGAGACAUGAGGGGGAAUAAAAGAUUUUAGAAUUUUGGGGUGAACUAUCCCUUUAGUAAAUUGGUUUCAUUUCACCACCACAACUCCACCUCCAAAUAGUGACAUCACACAUACAUGCAAGUUUCUAAGUGGAAUACAAUGGAGAGAGAUACAGUCAGUGAUAUUUUAGAAAAUGUAAAAAAAAAACAAUUACGUCUUGCGUUUAUGGAGCAUAUUGUGAGCUAAAAUAUUUACUAUUGUAAAUACUUCUACAUUUCUGUCAUUUAUAAGUGCCUUAUGUCCACGACCAUUUUUGAAGGUCCAACCACAAUUCUACACCAUAAAAUGUUGUAAAGUUUGGCAUAACUAUAAAUAUGUAUAUUUGUUAUGAUAAUAAUUAAACCAAUAUCUUUAUUUUAAAAUGG